AUAUUGGAAUGAAAUUUCAGAAGACAUGGUGAAAUAUUACAAAAUAAAUUCAUCGAAAGGCGAUUUACAACUUCAGUAUAAGAAAAGUCGUACAAAAUGGUUGUUCGAACCUACGAUGAAGAGUUAAAAUAUCUUGAAAAGAUCGGCGAUUGCUGUUGGCGAAUCAAGAAAGGUUUCCAACCCAACAUGAACGUCGAAGGAUGUUUCUAUGUAAACGAAAGGUUGGAAAAGUUGAUGUUCGAGGAAUUGGAGAACGCCUGUCAGCCUGGAGCUGUGGGUGGUUUCCUGCCUGGUGUUAAACAAAUUGCAAAUGUUGCUGCCCUGCCUGGUAUUGUUGGACGUUCAAUUGGUUUGCCUGAUAUCCACUCUGGCUAUGGUUUUGCUAUUGGAAAUCUGGCAGCCUUUGAUAUGGAUGAUCCCAAUUCAGUGGUUAGUCCUGGCGGUGUGGGUUUCGACAUUAAUUGUGGUGUACGUUUGCUGAGAACCAAUCUUUUUGAAAAAGAUGUACAACCCGUAAAGGAACAACUGGCCCAAAGUCUGUUUGAUCACAUUCCCGUGGGAGUUGGGUCCAAGGGUAUUUUACCCAUGAAUGCUGCUGAUUUGGAAGAUGCUUUAAAAACGGGUAUGGAUUGGAGUUUGCGUAAAGGCUAUGCCUGGACUGAAGAUAAAGAACAUUGUGAAGAACAGGGUUGCAUGUCGGGUGCAGAUCCCUCUAAAGUCAGUUUGAGAGCCAAAAAACGAGGUUUGCCACAGCUGGGAACAUUGGGGGCUGGCAAUCACUAUGCGGAAAUUCAAAUUGUGGAUGAAAUUUAUGAUAAGUUUGCCGCUUCUAAAAUGGGUAUUAAGGAAAAGGGUCAGGUAUGCAUCAUGAUCCACUCCGGCUCCAGAGGUUUUGGCCAUCAAGUGGCCACUGAUGCAUUGGUCGAAAUGGAAAAGGCCAUGAAACGGGAUAACAUUGAAACUAACGAUCGCCAGCUGGCCUGCGCUCGUAUCAAUUCUCCCGAGGGCCAAGAUUAUCUCAAGGCCAUGGCAGCUGCUGCCAAUUUUGCCUGGGUAAAUCGUAGUUCCAUGACAUACCUUACCCGCCAAGCAUUUGCCAAACAAUUUGAAACGACCCCCGAAGAUUUGGAUAUGCAUGUUAUCUACGAUGUAUCGCACAACAUUGCCAAAAUUGAAAAUCACAUUGUUGAUGGCAAAGAAAAGAAGUUGUUGGUACAUCGCAAAGGCUCCACUCGCGCCUUCCCACCCAAUCACCCCCUCAUCCCUGCAGAUUAUCAAUCAACUGGACAGCCUGUUUUAGUGGGCGGCACUAUGGGAACAUGUUCUUAUGUCUUGACUGGUACCGAAAAGGGUAUGCAAGAGACAUUCGGUUCCACCUGUCACGGUGCCGGUAGAGCUUUGUCCCGAGCCAAAUCAAGACUCAAUUUGGACUAUAAAGAGGUUUUGGAGAAACUAGAAAAUUUGGGUAUUGCUAUUCGUGUGGCUUCUCCCAAGCUUGUUAUGGAGGAGGCUCCCGAAGCAUACAAAGAUGUUAACGAUGUUGUUGAUACAUGCCAUGCUGCCGGUAUUAGUAAGAAAUGUAUUAAACUUAGACCCAUUGCUGUGAUCAAAGGUUGAGGGGAAGUGGACGGAAGGGUAUUGUAUUUAUCGGAAUAUAUGUAUGUAUACUAAUUAAGUAAAUUACUAAUAUGUAAUGCAAUUGUACAAAAUCUACAAAUAAUAAGUAAAUAAAAAUUUGUUUUAGA